AUGGGUGCAGAAGAUGGAGCGAUUCGUCAAGCCGUCGAAAACAAACCUACGGAGAUCGCUAUUUCGAAAGAUCAAUUCCUCGCGUGGAAGCGCCAAAAGGACGCUGAGUUGUCAGCUAAAAAGGCAGAAGCAGCAAGGAAACGAGAAGAAGACAUAGCAGCAGGCCGUGUCCUAAUGAAUGGCCGAGAGCUUUUCUUGCACGAGCCUUGGGUUUUCGACGACACUCCUCACCAUUGA